CUGACUCGUGCAGGUUGUAAAAAUUCCUUGGCUCUGAUUAUCGACGCGAGAAAACCCACGACAUUGGUUACCCACGCGAGUAAAAGCUAAUCAACCACCGAACGUGCGUCCGGCGGUGGAAAAUAUGUCCUGCGCAGCCAGCCUACCCAACUCAAAGGACUCGACUAACGCGGCGAACGCGAGUGCCAAUGCUAAUGCCAGCGGAGCACCAACAAACACCAACACGGGUGCACAGCAAUCGACGGCUGUGGGUGUGGUAGUGAGCGGUGCAUCGGGAGGCGGGGGCGGUGCCUCGGUUGCAGGCAGCACAACUUCAUCGUCCACUGCAACGGCCAACGGCGGGGCAGGUGCGGCGGCGGCCGUCGCCAGGCGUUUCUCCAUGGAGGGAGUGGGGGCCCGGGUGAUUCGCGGACCGGACUGGAAAUGGAACAAGCAGGAUGGCGGUGAAGGACACGUCGGCACUGUGCGCAACUUUGAGUCCGCCGAGGAGGUGGUCGUAGUCUGGGACAACGGGACUGCCGCCAACUACCGCUGCGCCGGAGCCUACGAUCUCCGCAUUCUGGACAGUGCUCCCACUGGCGUGAAACACGAGGGCACCAUGUGCGACACCUGCCGCCAGCAGCCCAUCUUCGGGAUACGCUGGAAGUGCGCCGAGUGCAUCAACUACGACCUGUGCUCCAUCUGCUACCACGGAGACAAGCACCACCUGAGGCAUCGCUUCUACAGGAUCACCACGCCCGGCGGCGAGCGAACCAUGCUGGAACCGCGCCGCAAGUCCAAGAAGGUCCUGGCCCGGGGCAUCUUUCCCGGAGCUCGGGUGGUGCGCGGCGUGGACUGGCAGUGGGAGGACCAGGACGGCGGCGUCGGUCGUCGCGGGAAGGUCAACGAGAUCCAGGACUGGUCCUCGGCCUCGCCGCGAUCGGCCGCCUACGUGAUCUGGGACAAUGGCUCCAAGAAUCUCUACCGGGUGGGCUUCGAGGGCAUGGCCGACCUCAAGGUGGUGAACGACGCCAAGGGCAGCAAUGUUUACAGAGACCACCUGCCCCUGCUGGGCGAGAAUGGCCCUGGAAAGGGGCCGCACGGCUUCCAGAUCGGCGACAAGGUCACCGUGGACCUGGACCUGGAAAUCGUCCAGUCCCUGCAGCACGGACACGGUGGAUGGACCGAUGGCAUGUUCGAGUGCCUGAGCAACGCCGGGAUGGUGGUCGGCAUAGACGAGGACCACGACAUAGUGGUGGCCUACAAUUCGGGCAAUCGCUGGACCUUCAACCCGGCGGUUCUCACAAAGGUAUCCUCGCCCACAACCGCUCCGCCCGAGUUCCAGGUGGGCGACAUUGUCAAGAUAUGCUCCGACGUGGAGAGCAUCAAGAUUCUGCAGCGCGGGCACGGGGAGUGGGCAGAUGCCAUGCAGCUGACGCUGGGGAAGAUCGGACGCGUGCAGCAGGUCUACCACGACAACGACCUCAAGGUGGAGGUCGGCAACACCUCGUGGACCUACAACCCCCUGGCCGUCUGCAAGGUGGCCUCCUCUGCGGCCACCGACGGAAGCUGUGCUCCGGUCAUUCCAAGCGGGGAAAGGCUCUCGGCGAUUCUCAAAAAACUGUUCGAACCGAAUGUCUCGGGGGAUGCCACGGAGGAGUUCGUCAAGGCGGCUGCCAACGGAUUUUCGGCCCGCUGCGAGGAGUACUUGGCUGGCGCUGGGGGGCAACCGUCCACAUCGAGUGCCUCCCCCAGCUCUGGCCCCGAUGUGAAUGUGAAUGGCGUGUUCGCCGGACACACGGCCCUGCAGGCGGCCAGCCAGAACGGUCACAUUGAGGUGAUCCAGGUCCUGCUGCGCCAUUCAGUGGAUGUGGAGAUCGAAGACAAGGACGGAGAUCGCGCGGUCCACCACGCGGCCUUCGGAGACGAGGCGGCCGUGAUCGAGAUCCUGGCCAAAGCUGGCGCGGACUUGAACGCGCGCAACAAGCGGCGGCAGACUUCUCUGCACAUCGCCGUGAACAAAGGCCAUCUGAACGUGGUGAAGACCCUGCUCACGCUGGGCUGCCAUCCCAGCUUGCAGGACUCCGAGGGGGACACGCCCCUGCACGAUGCCAUAUCCAAGGAGCACGACGAAAUGCUGUCCCUGCUCCUGGACUUCGGAGCAGACAUCACGCUGAACAACAACAACGGCUUCAAUGCUCUGCACCACGCCGCUCUCAAGGGGAAUCCCAGCGCCAUGAAGAUCCUGCUGACGAAGACCAAUCGUCCCUGGAUCGUGGAGGAAAAGAAGGACGACGGCUACACCGCCCUCCACCUGGCGGCCCUCAACAACCAUGUGGAGAUCGCCGAGCUGCUGGUGCACAUGGGCAAGGCCAACAUGGACAGGCAGAAUGUGAAUCUCCAGACGGCCCUGCACCUGGCCGUGGAGCGCCAGCACGUCCAGAUCGUCAAGCUGCUGGUGCAGGAUGGGGCCGACCUGAACAUACCCGACAAGGAUGGAGACACUCCCCUCCAUGAAGCUCUCAGGCACCACACUCUCUCGCAGCUGAAGCAGCUGCAGGACGUGGAGGGAUUCGGCAAGCUUCUGAUGGGCCUUCGGAAUGCCAACAACAAGAAGGCCUCUGCCUCGAUCGCCUGCUUCCUGGCGGCCAAUGGGGCCGACCUUACUCUGAAGAACAGAAAGCAGCAGACGCCCCUGGACCUGUGCCCGGACCCCAAUCUCUGCAAGACUCUGGUAAAGUGCUAUAAUGAGAGGAAGACAGACGACACCGAGCUACCCGGAAAUGUGGCCGGCACCAGCUUGAAUGCCAGGGCGAGGGCUGCCAGUGGCACCCUGCCCCAGUCGUCGUCGGCUAGCUUGCCGUUGGCCAGCUCCUCCUCCGCCUCCAACUUCGGGCUGAAUGGAGUGAGCAACGAAAUGAGCCAGUCCCUGCAUGCGGAUGCCCCCAAGUCGUCAGCCAGCCUGGACGAGUGCCUGGUGUGCUCCGACGCAAAGCGGGACACGGUUUUCAAGCCCUGUGGCCAUGUGAGCUGCUGCGAGACCUGCGCCCCGCGGGUGAAGAAGUGCCUGAUCUGCCGGGAGACCGUGUCGUCGCGCGAGAAGAUCGACGAGUGCCUGGUGUGCUCCGAUCGCCGAGCGGCCGUGUUCUUCCGCCCUUGCGGCCAUAUGGUGGCCUGCGAACACUGCAGCGCCCUGAUGAAGAAGUGCGUCCUGUGUCGCACCCAGAUCGAUGAAAUCCUCUCAUUUAGCCUGUGUUGCGGUGGCAUCGGCCGGCCCGAGAAGGUCACCGCGGCAGCUGGAGGGGCUGUGGGUCUCCCGCCGCCCGAAGAACGAUUCCCGGAGGUGGUAGCCCCCUGUGCCAAUGCCUCCGGUCAUAGCGUGGCCAUGAACAACACUGUGGUGACUCCGGUGGCGGGCAGUAGCAACCAGCUAAAUAGCCAGAACAAUCUCCUGGCGGCUGCGGCGGUCGCCUCGAAUGUCUCGAACAUCCAGGCAGCGGGCAGUGGAUUGGUGGCCCCCUCCAAUGUCAACAACUUCCAGAUGGACGAUGUGCAGAAGCUGAAGCAACAGUUGCAGGACAUCAAGGAACAGACCAUGUGCCCCGUUUGCUUCGAUCGCAUCAAGAACAUGGUCUUCCUGUGCGGCCAUGGGACUUGCCAGAUGUGCGGCGACCAAAUCGAAGGCUGCCCGAUCUGCCGCAAGACGGUGGAGAAGCGCAUCCUGCUAUUCUGAAGCGCCUGCCCGGCCGACACAUUCCGCGCACAGUCUGCACAGCUCUCGAAGUAUUAGGAUUAUAUAUCGGAUCACCCUCUUAUACAAACAGACACAAACAUGAAUAUAUCCACAAAAGUAUAUAAAUCUAUAUAUCAAUGGUCUUAAAAAGCAAAAUAUAUUUUUAACAAAUAUUCCAACAAAACAA